AAUUCAGCACUACGCUUCACAUUUUAAGGAAACUUAAAAUUAGAUUUAUCUACACUGGAAUUAAUCUUAAGAAAUCAGAGACACUCCACUCGUCCUCGAAGGGCAAAGUCACAGCUUUUUCAUGACGUCAGUUUUAAAGGUUUUUGUUAGUGAAGAAGAUCUAGCACUUAUGACCGUUCCUUGAGUUCCUUACUUCGCAGGAACAUGGCGGGGAGAUACGGAAAUGAUUUCGGGGGCGGGUACGGAGGCGGCGGCGGCGGCGGCGGCGGGUAUGGCGGCGGCGGCGGCGGCUACGGCGGCUUCCGCGGCGGCCGCGCGCAGAAACCGCUGCCCACAGAGCCCCCCUACAAGGCGUACGUCGGAAACCUGCCCGACUUUGUCGUCCAGGGCGAUGUAGAGAAGAAAAUCUUCGCCGGCAUACCGAUCAAAAACAUCCACAUGGUGCGGGACCGCGAGACGGACGCCUUCAAGGGCUUCUGCUACGUGGAGUUUGAGUCCGUACAGGACCUGGAGCGCGCGCUGAUGGCCAACGGCGCCGACGUGGAGGGCCGCGAGCUGCGCGUGGACGUGGCUGAGGACCGCCGCGGACCCGGCGGCCGCGGCCGCGGAGGGCCCAGAGGCGGCCCUGGCGGCUUCCCGCGCGGCGGCGGAGGAGGCUUCGACGACCGACGCGGAGGAGGCUUUGACGACCGGCGCGGCGGCGGAUUCGACGACCGGCGUGGAGGCGGCUUUGGUGGCCGGGACGACGGGUUCCGCGGGGGCGGCGGACACCGUGGCGACUUUGACGACCGCGGCCGGGACGGCCCCUGGGACGGAGGCCGCGGCGGCGGUGCCGGUGCCGGUGGCGGUGGCGGACCGCCUCACAUGGAGUUCAGGGAGCCAGACCCCAGUGACGCGGCGCGGAGGCCGAGGCUGAACCUGAAGCCGCGCACAGUGGGCGCGCCCACCAACUCGGUGGCCAACACCUCCCAGACGAGCAGCAUAUUCGGCGGGGCCAAGCCGCGAGAAGAGAACCUCAAGAGCAAGGGCGCGCCGUCCGGCCAAUAGUCGACCGGGCUGGGGCGCGGAUCUCGUCGGCGGGCUCGGGCCGCUGAUCGUGAUGGUCUGCUGUGAACUGCCGCCGGAGCACACCGCCAUCUGGUGGCGGCGCCGGGGACCGACUCUGCGCGACGCCGCCGCGCGCGGCGCCCACGUCUCGUUUGUGUACAAACGAACCUGUCGCCGCCGCCGAGCGGGGACCGGGCAAAUUGGCGCGCCUCGCCGCGGGCCGGGCGGCGAGGCCCGUGUGUGUGUGUGUUUCUGAUUCGGCCGCCGGCGCGCGCGCUCGGCCGGUGAAGGAGGCGUGUGGUGGCGUGCGGUAACUCGGUUUUAUAUUGGGUUGCCGGCCGUGUGACGUCAUUGUAUGCCUUCGGGAGGGCGGCGACCGGCGGCCGGCCGCUGCCUUUAUGUUACUUCCUGACUUUUGUGGUCGGCUCGUCUGCUGGUGACUGUGCCCGAGCGUGGUUUGUCCGACAGCGUCCGUAGCUUUCGGUAGGUGAGUGGCUCGAGAAAAUCCUUAACGCGUUGAUUUUGGUUGUAUUUGUGUACGGAAUCCUAGGCGUAUGGCCCGAGUGCAGAGGGCGGGCUGGAUGUCAGGUCCGGUAUCUAAUAAAUCUUCACCGAUUACCAGA